CCGGUGAUGUCAGACUUCCCCGUCCUGUUGAUCCUUUGUCCCACAAGAAAACAAGGACGCAAGGACAAACUUCCGGACCCCAGGUUGAAAUUGAAACCUAUUUUUCAAACAUGGCUGAUUAUUUCCUCUCAGCUCUCAUGGAGGGCAAGACACAGGAUCCUUAUGUGCAAAUGUACCUUUCCAUCUGUGACAGAGAAAUUCGUCACUCUGGUCGUCAUGCUCUUCACACUAAUUUUUCAUUAGACCACCCAAUAGAAGAAGUUGGACGCCUCAUGUCAGCCACUUUGUUGCGCCACACACAUCUCACUCUGCAGCUGAUUGAAGUGAUUGAACAGGGUCUGGCUUUAAGUGCAGAGGAUAGUCAUGGAUGGGAAUCCACUUUAGAUCUGCCACGAGGUUUGCAGGAACUCAUUCGUCAUGUCCACAACACAAAGUGGCUACUGAUCAGAAGGCGGCAAGAACUUACGAGGUCGUAUAAGGAGGUGUGUGCACCUGUUAUGGAAAGAUGCAGAUUUGUAUUUUAUGAAGUCCGCCCAGCCAGCUGUGGUGAUGUAGAAGCAUUGGAUAAGUUUGCAGUGAGAGGAGUAUCCAGGUGGCGGAAGGCAACUCAGCUGUUGCGCUUGCGCUCAAAUGAUACCACUGCCACAAGUCAGGAAAAAGAUGCUCCUCCUGAAUCAAAGGAAGGGACCAGCUCCAUGGAGGAUAUUAGUAUUAGUAGCGGCAGCAAUGCACAUAGUGAUGAUGCCGGGGGCAAUUACACUAGUCACGAUCAAGACGUAAGAAGCGGACGGCUCGACAAAGGUGAAGAUAUAUGCAAGGAUUUGCCAGAACCUGUUGGUCUCAGUCGUCUCUCUACCGAACUUUCGCUAGAUAACAUGAAAUUAGAAGGGGAUGUGGAUGUUAUUGAAAAAGAAAGGAGAUUAUCUGCCGAUGGGAAAAAGGUUUCCACUGAGAGCAAAAAGGCAUCUGUCAGUUUGAAUUUGAAGAGGUCUCCAUCACCUUCUGGAACACCUCAUUCUCCAUCUAGACCAUCUUCACUUUUAACGCCAACAGCUCCCCUUCAACUACCCCGGGUGGGUAAUAGAAAUAGCCACAAAAGUAAUAGAGUUUGUAUGCUCUGA